AUGUGCACCCAGGUAAACGAAGCAUCUUCCCCCGGUACCACGAAGGGUACCAAUACCGACGACAUCGAUGUGAUCGAUCGCGUGGAGCUGGACAUGGGCCGCCUCUGCAUGAACGACCUCUAUUCGGACGUGGAGUUUUUGGUAGAGGAACAUCGGCUCCCGGCCCACCGAAACAUUCUAGCGGUCCGCAGUGAGUACUUCAGCGCCAUGCUGUACGAGAAAAAUCUGCAGCAGAAUGCUUCCCUCAGCAACAUCUGCAAGAUCCUGAAUGCAGCGCACCGAUACAGUAUGAACGGCCUGCGCAAAAAAUGCCUAAACUUUAUGGACUGCAAGGCGUCGGAUGUGCUACAGCAUGCAUCCUUCGCAAUGCUGUGUAAGGAAUCACUUGAAGAAGUCCUGGAACGGGACACCUUCUAUGCCCCCGAAGUUGAAAUUUUUCAAGCUGUAUGCAAAUGGAGGGCCCUCUUUCCGAGCGAGGACAUCAAGACCGUGAUCUCGCACAUACGUCUCCCUCUAAUGUCUGUUAAAGAGCUGCUACGUGUGGUGCGUCCCACUGGCAUUUUCGACCUGGACCAAAUAAUGGACGCCAUGGAUCAAAUAAAGACUACAGAGAAUCUGCCACACCGGAGCGUCGUGUUGCGGGGGGAGAAUGUGUGCAAAGUUAUACGUUGUUGUCAGUAUGAUUAUACGGUUUUCGAGAUCAGCAAGGUGUCCUUAAUCAACUGUAUUAGUCUGACUGUUUCUGUUGGAGGGAAAUGGACAGUACGAUUCACACACAACAUGGAGCACAUGUAUUCUGUGGGAACCUAUGAUAUGAAACCCAACGUCAGAAGGGAUAUUUAUUUUGAGAAGGCUUUCGCUCGCUACAUUUAUGUCACGGCAUUUAAUCAAAACGAGAUUGAUUCUGAGGUCAUUGUCAAGUAUAAGUAG